AUGGCGGGAGCCGCGCGGAAAGCCCGCGAUCACAUUCGGGGCGCCCUCGACGCGGGGGACAACAAGCAGGCUGCGCGCCUCGCCUCGCAGAGUCUGCUAAAGAAAUCGAAGGCGGCGUCCGAAGAGGCCUCCGCCCUGGGCUUCAAGGCACUCAGAGCCAUUGCUCUCGCAAGAGAUGGCCAAGAGAAGGAUGCCGCCACGUUGGCGCGAGAGGUGGAUAGAGCGGCUGAGAAGGACGAGGAGACUGCCCGACUUUGCUCAGUCGUCUUUAAGGAACUGCGAGAAAUCUAUUACCUGCCGCCCUCUCGCAUCGAGGCGCGGGAGUAUCCGCCGCUCGAGGAGACCGAAGAAGUCGCGGCGUUCUUGGAUGCACUCGCCGCCUCGAACACAGGCCACUUUGACAGGCUCCUUCCCGCCGCCCUGCGGCUCUUCAGCCGCUUCAAGAAGCCUCGGUAUCUCCAGUGGGCGCUAGCCUGUAUGCUGCUGCAUGAGAUGUCUGCAAGCUCGAAGGCGACAUGGGCACUCGCGGCGAAGCUUCUCGCAAAGUUGCCGGCGCUCGAGGCCUCUCCUGUAGAUUCGCGAUUUCCUCCGAAGGUCAUGAGCACGCCAAAAGGCUGCUGCGACAGACGGGACUCAUACGCGAGCUUUAUUUUGCGGCUCUCCGUGCUGCGCCAAAACGGCCAGCACACCGACGCACUAGAGCUCCUCGCUGCUCACAAAGAUCUCUGCCUCUAUCCCUUGGAAGAACUCGCGCUGCGGCUCCAGUUGCUUCUCGAGGACGGUCAGCUGCUGGAGGCGUUCCGGGUGUCGGAGGCGAUGCUCGAACAACAGCCGUCUAAUUCGACGUUUGCUGAGAAUUGCAUCAGGCUGGGGCUCAGCCUUGAGGCCGACGCGGAGGAACCGGAGAAAGCAAACUUCUUGGAUCCGUGGAGGAGGAAGUGGGAGGCGGACAAAUCCACCUCCUUCAACGCGGGCGAGGCUCUGCUCGCGCUUCACCGCCUCCGAGCUGUUCGCCCUCUGUGCCUCUCGCGGGUCUCUGAAGCUUGGACCGAGACCUGUCUCGAAGAAGCAUGGACCGACCAGGCGCGAGACGCGUGCAUCACGGAAGUCUUCAGCUUCGUGACUGCCCACGGACAUGACGCCCGAUGCUUCUUCAGCCUUCGUCGAUUGCUCAGUUGCCUCCCAUCGACUAUGAGAGAAGCGUGUCUGCGAACCCUAGAGCCGCUUCGUGCGCCGUGGCAGGUAGACCUGGAGACGCUGUUGGCGGCAGCCGAAGAGGCGCGGGCUAAGGAUACGCAGGACGCGGACGCGAAGACGCAAGCGAGGCAGCGUCUCUCGCAACUCGAGAAAAGCUUGAGCAGGUUCAUCUGCCUCGAGAAACUCCUGCACGCCCUGGGUCGCAACCUCGCUGUCUCCUCCGAGAGUGCAGCGGCAGUGAACGCGUGGAUUCAGCUGAGUUCCUCCUUCUACAACGCUGCGCCGGAGAGGAGUCAAGCAGCUGACGAUUUGAUUCUCCUCGCGGUGGAUGUGCUCCUGGCGUUCGAUGAACACGCAUGCCGGCGCGGCGGGCUUCUCCGCUGUGCAGCGCAGGAGAACGGCGAGGCGGACGCGCAUCCGGAAGAGAAUGGGGAUGCGUCGAGGCCAUCGGACCCGCUUGUACAGAGGCGGUUCUUCUUCGCGGCGCUCACCCUGCUGUCGAUGGUCACCGCGUGUCGUGACCCCCUUGCCUCUUCGCUCCCGGCCUCGUCUGCUUCGUCGUCCUCGUCCUCUCCGUCGCACCGCGUUUUGCUUCAGUGGUUGACAGGCUGCGUUGGGUUGAUUGAGCGGAGCCGCAGUCUGUUUGUUUCGUCGCUGGAUGUGAAGAACGUCAUGCUGUAUUCCCUGGGUCACCCGCUCUUGCUGCCGCUUUCGGACUACGGCUUGUCUGCCGAGUUCCUCGCCCUGGCAAAGCGCCUCCAAGAAUGCAACGAAGAGAACAUAACUUCGCUCUCCGACGCACUCACAGCGUCUUUCGAGGAAGGCACGUACGCGGCUCUCCCCGAUUUCGUCGCGAUUCGGUCCUUCACCUCGUCCUCCAUGCUCGCGUCCCUCGCCGACCAAGACAUGCUGCUCCACCAGUCUUUGGCUUCGUCUGCUGUCCCUUCGCUCUCGCUGCAGCAGUACGCAUAUCUGCUAUCCUGCAGAGACGGCCAUUCGCUCUCGGUCUCCCCUUCGGCUCUCCCGUCGCUGCUGCGGCUGUUCCGGGCUGCGCGCUGCGCAGAAGGCGUCGGCGCCACAGGCUACGCCGCCGACUUGACCGCGCUGGGCCUCUCGUUCGUAGGCCGCAGCGGCGAGGAGGCAGAGCUGAAAAACGCGAGACUCGCUCUGCUCCCCCUCGACAAAGAGACAGUUGUGGUCAACCUCUCCAUCCCCUCCUUCUCCGCGGCGCGUGUCCGCGACCUCAGCGACCCAGUUCAACGCUCACUCGCGCUCCACUACGCCAAGAAGGAAAAGACGCAACAAGGCGACAACGGCGUCCCCUUCCUGUCCGCAGAGCAUAGUCUGCAGCUAGCGACGCUAUCAAGCCAAACACUGGUCAGGCCGUGGACGCCAGUGGCGCCGGCGCGCCUUGUUGGCGCAGAGGCGCUGGAGACGCUGCCUCGCACUCUCCCCGCAGAGGUGCUUCGGCGCCUCCAAGCCGAAGACGACGCGCGGGCGUCCUCGCCCGUCGGCGCGAAGCGCGAGGGCGAGUGCGAGGGCGAGUGCGACAGCUUAACGCGAUACAUGCUGCAGGCUCUGUACGGCGUCACGUGGACAGACGAAACGAGCGCGAAGGGCAACGCGAUCUGGGGCAGCAGCGCCGUGAGGGCUAGCCGAGCGACGCUCCUCGUGGCGCGGCUGGUCGAGGGCGUCCCGCAGCGAAUGCGUCUGCGUCGCUUGACGCACCUCGCGCUGCUGCCGCCUUCACUCUCCUCGUCCUCUUCGUCUCUCGCUUCCGUCUGCCGGAGCUUGAGGGCAGAGCUCUUGGCAGUGCUGCUGCCUGCGCCUCCGCUUUCUGCGUCGUCUCCUGCCUCGGCUCCUCUGGGCGCCUGCUGGCCGUCUAUGAGCGUGGCGCUGCCGACGGCUGCUGCGCACGACGCGCUGGGGCGGGACCGCGCGGAGUUUUUGGUGCGCGUGUGGCUUCAGGCGGUGGAUUUACUUGAGGCGUCCUACGAUCCGCGUCGCCUAAACCGCAAGCAGGCAAAAAAGAGGCAGUCCGAGAAGGGCCGAGACGAGGAAGAACAAAAUACGGAAUGCAACACAUUUAUGUCGCAUCUCGAGACCUUCGUACGCGAUUCUUCGGGGCUUUUCUCCGGCUCCCUGAGUUCUAUCCGGGCCGGCUUCGACGCCUUUUUGGAAGCAGGGCGAGCGAAAAGACACGGCGCGGCUUCUGGUGGCCGUGGACACAGUGCAACGAACGACAAGAAGGCGGGGCAACGUCGAGACGCGCUAGACGGCGGAAACAACGAAACACUCGUGGGGCCGCAGGUGCUCCCUGUAUGGGACGCGUUCUAUGCUCUCGCGUCCUUCGCAGCGUUCCCGCUCGCCCUCGCGGCGGCGGCAGUCCGGAAUUUCCUGACUGUAGGAGGCGGUCGCGGCGAGGGCACGCCCACGCGGCAAGCUGUCUUGAAGAAGGUUGCGGCUCUCGUUGUCGAUAUCGAAGAGACACAGACCCAGGUCAAACUCCUUCUCAGAGCGGCAAAAGAUGCGGAAGCGGGCGGCAGUGAGGAAGAGGGCCCCAGUCCCGUUUGGGCGAACGCGCACGUCGUGUUGAGCGGAGAAACAGAUCAGGUUAUUCGCUUCCCGUUUACGCAAACUAAGGCGUUUGCCUCGGCCGCUCGCAUGCUCGCAAGAGAUGCCGUUGUAUCCUACGUCCAGAUUCUCUCUUCCAUCUCCAAGGCUCUCGCUUCCCGAAGAGCGUGGUUGCACGAAGCGGCCUCCUCAGUUCCGCAGUAA